AUGCAGAAUCUUGCAAUCACCGACCGGGCCUUUGUGGCGCGCCCAGCGCUCCGGCUCGCCGGCGGGGUGGCCCCGGCAAGGGCGCCAGUCGGCCACUCGGUACAGUCGAGAUCUGGCGUGCUGACUCGGGCGACGCUGGAGGAGGCCAAACCCCGUGCCACCAAUGGCGCGGCGAAGGGUUCCAAGACCGGGCUGGACUUUGAUGAACUGACCGACCUCAUUAAGAUGGUGCACUCCACCGAUAUCGUAGAGCUGGAGCUGAACAGCAAGAAGUUCAAGUUGACGGUGAAGAAGCGCGAGGCGCUGGAGGUCGGGGACACAGUGAAGAAGGGACAGACCGUGUGCAUCAUUGAGGCCAUGAAGCUCAUGAAUGAGAUUGAGGCAGAGGUCUCUGGCACUGUGGUCAAGAUUGUCGCGGAGCACGGCAAGCCCGUCACCCCCGGCUCGGUGUUGUUCAUCAUCAAGCCAUGA